ACGGAAGGCGACUUUGAUAUAAGACAGUCUCUUGUUUACCCUUCACUCACAAUAGUUACUCACAAGACAGAAGUACUUAACUUAACUGCGCGAAUACUCAUAUAUCAUCGCAAACAUGCAGGCAACGUUACCAUCACCGCAACGCUCGCGAGCGUCAUCAGGAACCAAAUCGCCACUUUCUCUCGACCUUUCAGAUCUGCCACCGCUGGUUGAGCCGUCGCCGCCCUCAAAUACUCUCAUAAUUACCAAUCUCCUUGCACCCGAAAUCUUCCAGUUCGACACCCUCACCGAGAUUCGCGAAACGAUAGACAAACAUGCAAAGGUCCACACAUGGGCUCCGCUCAAGUCCUUCCGCCGCAUCGUAGUCUCCUUUUUCGACGUUGAAUCUGCGAUACAGAUACGGCAGACUCUUGAUGGCGAGCAACUUAUGGGCUAUCGCAUCCGCGUCUACUUCGGCAUGAACACACCACUGAACCCGUCAGACCAGCACCUGGCGCUUCCAAAGUCAGACAGGUUGUUCUUUAUCUCGCCACCGCCGUCGCCCCCCAUGGGCUGGGAAAUGAAGGAGGAGGGAGCGCCUAAUAAGCUUGUGCACGCCGAGGAUCUUGCAGCAGCGCUGGCGCGGCUACAUGCGCAUUCUCACCAUGACGCAUCGUCACCUAUCGAUGACCACGGCGGCAGUCCGAUCACUAGGCGGCGCAACGGCAGCACCACAGUAGUUUAUCACCCUGAAGACCACGGGGACGCACUCAGCCUUCCGGCAAUAUCAGUAGAAGAUACAACAGAGACCCCGGAGCCACUGACUCCGAUCGAUGCAAUGGAGGGUAUUGAGGGGCCAAUUUCGUCGCAGAAGGCGCAGGGCAAGAAUGUCAGCACUGCAAGGCCACCGGUCGAGUUGAUGCACUAGGCCGCCUUGUCGUACUUGUUUUCUUUUUUGCGUCUAUAUCACCAAAAGCAUCAUACAUUCAAAUUCAGGGCAUGGUAUGGCGUUAGGGUUUACUGGUCUUGGCAAAGGUCGCCGUUGAGUGGCUGGAGUACUCUAUGGCUGGUAGGGUGGCAUCGUUGGUAGUCUCCUUGGCUGCAACCUUGCUUGUUAGUUGCCGUCUCGUGUGAUAUCCCACUUAGCAGAAUGAAUAUGUUCAAUUAUCCAAAUGUCCAGAUCAACCUCGAUUAUUGCU